AUGGCUACAGUUUAUUACCAUGACGAAAAGGACUCUGUCGACAGCAGAGAACCCCACUCAACGGGUGUUCCGGUCUCUUUGGAGCAACUCGCAGAUAUUGGGGUUUUCUACAAACAUAUUCCGCAAUUCGAAGACGUCAACAAGCUGGCCACACAGCGGAACUAUCGGAAUCGAGACACGGUGAGCAUUUCUGAAAAAGCACUAGGAGCCGAAGCAUUGGAAUCAAAAUUGAAAAUGUUUUAUGCGGAACACCUUCACGAAGACGAAGAAAUCCGGUACUGCCUUGACGGUGACGGAUUUUUUGAUCUAAGAGACCCCCGCGACGAAAGAUGGAUACGAGUCCUACUUCAACCUGGUGACUUGCUCAUUGUACCUGCCGGCAUUUACCAUCGGUUCACGCUUACGACGAGAAACUACAUCAAGGCCCUGAGGCUGUUUAAGGACGAGCCCAAAUGGGUAGCGCAUGGCAGGCCCUAUGCGGACUCCAGUGCGAUUCGCACAGAGUAUCUUGCCAGUGUACAGACCCAGUGA